AUGGCUGACCAAAAAUUGCAACACACCAAGGCGUUUGUGGUCGAGCACCUAGACCCCGAGCUAGGUCCGUGGUCCGCCUUGGAAUAUGCGGCCAUUGCCCGCGAGUCUCACGCCAGCGGUGCUCGUUUCUUGCUCAGCUCGGUGCCAGCGGAGCUGCAGAUGCCCGCCGACUUGGCUGCGACGCAGGGCCUGGAAGUUGAGCAACGGAGCGUGGAGGACAUCUUUGCGGACCGCAAGGAAAAGGUGUGUCUGCUGGAUCCUGCCGCCACGACGGAAUUGAGCCCAGAGGAUGGUGAUAUUUUUGAGGUGUUCCUCUUUGGUGGUAUCUUGGGCGAUGACCCCCCACGCGAUCGUACUUCUGAGCUCCGUAAGAAGGGCUACACGGGCCGUCGCCUCGGCCCCAAGCAGAUGACAACGGAUACCGCCGUUCGUGUCACUCGAAUGAUUGUGCAUGACCGAGUCCCAUUGGAGGAGAUCCCGUAUGUGGACUAUCCGGAGAUUCUGAUCAACGAGCACGAGCGGACCGAAAUGCCCUUCCGCUACGUCAAGGAUGCUCAAGGCGAACCGAUCAUGCCCGCUGACGUCGAUUAUACCAUGCUUUCACGGUCAAUACUUCUGCUGCUGGCCCCGGCGCUAGCAGCAGCGGCCAAGUCCGCCGCAGACUAUUAUGUUCACUCACUGCCCGGCGCUCCCAAGGGUCCGUUGUUGAAGAUGCAUGCUGGCCACAUCGAGGUGGACGAAGCGAACAAUGGCAACCUAUUCUUCUGGCACUAUCAAAAUCGACACAUUGCGAACCGACAGCGAACGGUGAUCUGGCUGAACGGGGGUCCUGGCUGUAGCUCAAUGGACGGCGCGUUGAUGGAGGUCGGACCAUACCGGCUCAAGGACGACCAUACACUGGAAUACAACGAAGGGUCCUGGGACGAAUUUGCCAAUCUGCUUUUUGUGGAUCAGCCGGUGGGGACGGGCUUCAGCUACGUGAAUACGGACAGCUAUAUUCAUGAGCUCAACGAAAUGUCGGCUCAGUUUAUUGUAUUCUUGGAGAAGUUCUUUGCGUUGUUCCCCGAGUAUGAGAACGAUGAUCUCUAUCUGGCGGGAGAAUCAUAUGCAGGCAUGCAUAUCCCCCACAUUGCGACCGCCAUCAAAACGCGCAACGAGAAGCUCGAGAAAGAGGGCAAGUCCAAGUGGCCCUUGAAAGGACUGCUGAUUGGUAAUGGCUGGAUCUCGCCUUACGACCAAUCCCCAUCCUACUUUGAAUUCAGUAAAGCGGCGGGCUUGAUCAAAGAAGGCACAGAGGACUAUCGUGAGAUCGAAGCACUCAAUUCAGUGUGCCUGGCCGCGCUGGAAGAUCCUCACAGCAAGGAGAUGGUCAAUAUCGGCCAGUGUGAGAGUGUUCUGCAUGGGAUCACCCAUCUGCGAUCGGACGAGGGCAAAUGUGUCAACACUUACGACGUGCGUCUGGAGGAUUCGUUUCCCGCGUGUGGCAUGAACUGGCCUCCAGACUUGGUGGAUAUCACCUCAUACCUGCGCCGCCAGGACGUGAGGGAGGCCUUGCACGUCAACCCGGCCAAGACGGCGGGGUGGACCGAGUGCAAUUCCGCCGUCAGUUCGACCUUCCGUGCCAGCCAUUCCACUCCCGGUGUCCGGUUGCUGCCUGCGCUGCUUGAGUCGGACGUCAAUGUGCUCCUCUUCAGUGGUGAUCAGGAUCUCAUUUGCAACCAUCUCGGUACUGAAAAUCUGAUUCACAACAUGAAUUGGAAGGGCGCCACCGGGUUCGAGACCGACCCGGGCGUCUGGGCUCCGCGUCACGACUGGAGUUUCGAGGGCGAGCCCGCCGGACUUUACCAGUAUGCGCGCAAUCUGACCUACGUCCUCUUCUACAAUGCCAGCCACAUGGUCCCCUUUGAUCAGCCGCGCCAGUCACGCGAUAUGCUCGAUCGAUUCAUGGGCGUUGACAUCGCCAGCAUCGGCGGCAGUCCCGCCGACUCGCGGAUCGACGGGGAAAAGCUCCCUCAGACCUCAGUCGGGGGUCACCCCAACAGCACCGCUGCCGAAGAGCAAGAGUACAAGAAGGUCAAAGAGGCCGAGAACCAUGCCUACGCCAAGUCCGGUGAAGCCAUCCUGGUCAUUGUGAUCAUUGGAGUGACCAUCUGGGGCUUCUUCAUCUGGCGGUCACGCCGCACCCACCGCGGUUACAGUGGCGUGAAGAAUCCCGAGAAUCGAACUCGCGUUCGAUCCGGGUCUGGGUCGGUGCUUGAUCGAUUCCAUCCCAAGCGGUCGACCCCUGCGGAUGUCGAGGCGGGUGAUUUCGACGAGUCCGAGUUGGACACUUUGCACUCGCCGGGUGUUUCUCAUGAGCACUAUGUUGUCGGGGAUGAUCUCAGCGACGAUGAGGGGCAGGAACAUCGGUCCAUGGGUGGUCGUCCACCAGCGACGUCUUGA